CUCAUCACAACAAGCUGUGAGCUGCCGCCGGCGAGCACCCAGAAGAGGGGCCUCUCGGCCUUGUUUGUGGAAGCGGAAGCGGGGCUGUGUUGAAUCUGCCGACCUGCCCGUGUUCACCUCAGCCGGGGAAGACGACGAGGACCCUCUAGAUUUGCAUUUCUUUUGAGGCGGCCAGCGACAGUCCUCGGAGGACACCUGCUGCCAGAACCAUGAGGCUCCCCACCCUGCUGCCCUCCGCCGGGCUGCUAACCUGCGCUCUGGUACUACUGUUCGGGUCCUGUCAUCCUUCACCGACCCCAGAGAAGUCCAGGCUGGUGCUCGUGGAGCAGCUCAGCCGCACCGGGGUCGGAUUUAACUGGAGAAAUAUCACCUGCCCCUUGUGCAAAGCUGUCUUCACCAUCCUGGAUGUCGCCCUUCUGAGCGAUGCAAAUGAAGAGCGAGUGGCGCGGGCAGUCGGUGAGGCGUGUAUCCGCCUCCAUCUGGCUGAUGAGCAAGUUUGCCGGCAAAUAACGGAGCUGUUCAGGGAUGACUUUAUCCGGGCGUUGCAGGAGUCCUUGCUGUGGCCCACUGAAGCGUGCGCCCUGCUGGUGGGCCCCUCCUGCGGCAAAUUUGACAUCUACGCAUCCUGGAACAUCACUUUGCCAAAGGUCCCCAAGCCCCCUGUUAAACCACCCUCUCCACCCAAACCGGGUUCUCCACAGAGCAGGGUCCUGUUUCUGACUGACAUCCACUGGGACCAGGAGUAUGAAGCAGGCACCACCGCAGACUGCAAGGACCCUCUGUGUUGCCGCAAAGACUCCAGAUCUCCCCGCUGGAGGCGGAGGGAGGCCGGGUACUGGGGAACCUACAGUAAGUGUGACCUGCCUUUACGAACGGUGGAGAACCUCCUGGAAAACGUGGCCGCAGCUGGACCCUGGGAUUGGGUCUACUGGACCGGAGACAUACCAGCGCACAAUGUUUGGUCUCAGACCAGGAAACAGCAGCUGUCAGAGCUUACAGUCGUCUCCAGGCUCAUCCACAAACACCUGGGACCUAAUGUGACAGUCUUCCCCGCUAUAGGAAACCACGAGAGUACGCCAGUGAACAGCUUCCCACCGCCCUUUGUUCACGGCAACAGAUCCUGCGCCUGGCUCUACGAUACAAUGGCAGAGGAAUGGGCACCAUGGUUAUCAGAGCAGGCUUUGAAAACUUUGAGAUAUGGAGGAUUCUAUACGAUGGAGGUCCAGCCUGGCCUAAGGGUGGUCUCUCUCAACAUGAACUUCUGUGCUCGAGAAAACUUCUGGCUGAUGGUGAACUCUACCGAUCCUGCUAACCAGCUGCAGUGGCUGGUCCACAUUCUGCAGGCCAGCGAGGACAAAGGGGAAAAGGUACAUAUCAUUGGUCACAUCCCACCUGGCCUGUGUCUUAGCAGCUGGAGCUGGAACUACUAUCACAUUGUCAACAGAUAUGAAAAUACAAUUACUGGACAGUUUUUUGGCCAUACACACAUGGAUGAGUUCCAGAUGUUUUAUGAUGAGGAGGCCAUGACCCGCCCAUUAGGAGUAGCCUACAUUGCUCCCAGUGUCACUACUUACAUUAAUCUUAACCCAGGGUACCGUGUCUACUACGUGGAUGGGAAUUACCAAGGCAGCUCUCGGCUGGUGCUCGACCACGAAACCUACAUCCUGAACCUCACAGAGGUAAACCACAGUCCAGGAGCGCCAAGUGGCCCACAGCAGAACCCCAAAUGGACACUUCUAUAUCGUGCAACCAAGGCCUAUGGUCUGACCAGCCUGUUCCCCUCUGACUACGACGGGCUGAUGCGGACCUUUCUCAGCGAUGACCGGGUAUUCCAGAGGUUCUGGUACCUGAGACAUAAAGGACACGUGUCAGAGCCCUGCAAGGAUACGUGCAAAACUACAUUGCUCUGCUUUCUGCGAAGCGGGCGGUCCGAUGAGCUGGAUCAGUGCGACCUCCUCAAUGGUUUUGAAGGAAACUUGGCCCGGGCUGCCAGAAAAACCCUGUGUUGACUGACUGUCUGGGUGUGGGAAUAAGCAAUAUGACCAAAUAUGCAUUAGAGCCAAAAAGUAGAUUUUACCUGUUGCUGGUUGGUCAAUGAGGAUUGUUGUAUAGGCUUGAUAACAUAAAGUCACUUGAGCUAUUGUUUGUACUCUGCCAGUUUGUGUGGAUUGUGUAUACCUGACAGUGUGUCUGAGAGGCAGUUAUGCCUUGUGUUAUCAGUGAUGUUUUACAAAGACAAUUUGAUUGUGAUUUGCAACAUGCCUUGGGUUUGUCGGCUGCUGUUUUUGCAACGAUAGUUGUGUAAAGACUGCUUGAAAUUUUCCAGGAAGAUGUUGUGGCAGAUGUGCUGUAGUUGUGUCAGGGAGAAUACUGUUAAACAUAUCUAUCCUUAACAGCAAUGUGUCAACUUUUAGAGCUGCCUAAAUGUUUCUGGUACAAAAUAGCUUGCAGCCUGUAUUAUAAUUCUUCAGUGUUAGUAUCCUCCAGAGUUUUCGAGAUAGGCUUAAUAAAAUCCCAACAUUUUCAUCCAACGAAAAUCUGAAUCCUUCAAACUCACAAACAUAGCAAAGUUUGUGUUAAAAUAGAUGACAAUCCGUCCUUUUGAUCUGUCCCACAAUGCAAUGUGAACGCAAUGUUUGCUGGGAUUUCAAGUUGGUACAAAGAUUAAGAGACCUCAGCCAUCUUUUUUCUCAGGUUUGAGCUUUGCUGAGUUGCUACACUGUACACAGUAUCAUAACUUUAUCUUUUUGAGUCCGCUCGUUGUGGGGAUUUAGGUCAGUUUGUAAAGUACUGUAUCUACCUUAAUGCGCAGCACCAUCAGCAUCAGCCACGAGGUCUUCAAACCUGAAUAAUUAACAGUAUUUCUCAUUGAGGUUUACUUAUGUCUGCACUUUAAUUCUUUGUUGGCUAGUUGACGUUGAGGUUUAACAGAGAUCGAGUUCGAUAGACCCAAAGUGUGAUAAGCAUGGCAAGGUUCUCAGAACUUGGGUCUACGUGACCUGCGGUGUAACAUUAGCAUGACAAGUAAUGCAACUUGUAAAAUAGGCAAUAAUUUAAAGAGAUUGUAUAAAUUGUGAAUAAAAGAUCAAAUCUGA